GUUGCUGUUGCUGUUGCUGCUGCUGUAGCAUCUGGCUCUGCUGCUGCUGAUGCUGCUGCUGGAUCUGGGCCUUGCGCGACUUGAUGGGGAUGGCGUUGGGUUUUUGGAACUCGACGUCGGGUGACAUGUCUGCGGCAGGCGUCGCGGCGUGUUCGGAAAAGAUGAAGUCGUCAAUGUUCAUGGGGUCAUUCUGCUGGUGAUGGUCCCCGUUGAGGCCCGUAACGUGCUCGGACGACUUGCGCAGCUGCUGCGCGAUGCCACUGGGGGCAUUCAGCGUCGCCGGCCGCAUGCUCCUCUCGUAUGCUUUCUGUCGCUUCUCCUUGUGCUUCUUGAUGCCAAUGGCCAUCAUGCGCCAGGUCAGAUUCUCCAUGCGGUCCUGGUUUGGGAGCUGCUGCUUCGUCUUGGCAAAGAACUUCCACACCUGGGUCGCCAGCGGAUCGUCCUGCUGCAUGCCGUCGACAUCGCUGACGUUGGCGCUCUGCAGCAGAGGAAAUAAAGCUGGUCCGAGGAUGGCCUCGUCUUGCGGCGCCGCGGUCCCCUUUGUCUGGGCGCCUCGCAGUCGCUGGUGCGCAGCGCCGGGCUGGGCAGCAGGUCGUCGCGGGAAGCGCCAGUCGUGCUCUGUCGACGUCGGAUUCAUUGUGAAGGCCGGACUGGCGGUCCCCGUCAUCGCGGCGGGCCUGGCAGCGGCCAUAGUGUCCACACGAGGCCAGGUAGAAGAUGAAUUGUGACGAGCUGGUUCCCACAGCGAUACGUCGUGGAGAAAUCUGGUCUUUUCGAGACCGGUCGGUCGGUCGGUCGGUGUCCCCCCAGGUCAACAAUGUGAGUGAGGCCCCACGUCGAAGAGGGCUGACUUGACUGGCUGGAGACUGGCGCAAUGUGCGGUGGGUGCGACAGACCAAUGCAGUGUGUGCGCAGGUGAGGGUAUUCACACGGAAACAGAUGCGAAGUGUGUACGUAGGUAGGCCAGGGAGCAAGAGUACAGGUAAGGUAAGGUAAAGUAAUUGAUUUAGGUUGAGGCCUGGCUGGCUGGAAGAUCGAGGGAAUUAAGCGCGGAUGGACUUGC